AUGAAAUUUACAAGUGCUGCGCUGCUAGUUUCCGUUGCUGAAGGAGCUUAUCCUGCAAUCAGAGACCUCGUUGUCGUCAAACCCCCAGUAAACUCCGAAGGCACCUGUGGCGAGAAAUCCCUCUGGGCUGCUUGGAAACAGACAUCUGACUGUUGCAAUGGCCCUGUGAAACAACGAAUUUAUUACGAACGAACAUGCAAGAACACGGAUUGCGAGUGUUACGGCGCGACAACUGCUUACGUUCCUUGCUCCACAUCCUGCUACACGACACCCACACCAGCUCCAACGCAGCCAACAACUUUCUGCUACUGGACAGGAUGGUCCGAGUGGGAAUCUGCCGAACAGAGCUGUCAACAAACUGCACUCAGAUCAUGCCAGACAAAUUCGUACGAUAAAAAUUGCUGCGAAGGAUCUCCCUACAAAAACCGACCGAUUCCCGGAUGCAAUUUCAAUGGCAAGAUUUGGGGAGACUGGAGCAACUGGAGCGAUUGUGUCGGAAAUGUGUCUACUAGACGACGAGAUUGUGUUUCAUCCAAUCCUGAUCUUUGCCAAGGAUACUUGACCACUCAAAGAAGCUGCGGAACAAGCCUUCGAAUCUGGGGCGACUGGUCCGCCUGGUCCUCUUGCUACGACUCCAAAAAGACGCGAACCCGAUCCUGCGUUGCCAACGACGCAUCAAUCUGCCAGGGAACCCUUUCCGUCGUCGAGCCCUGCAACUCUACACGAAACCCAACUACUCCAUUUGACGCCAGUUUCUGCACUUUCAUGAACCGCUGGUCACUGAGCUGGUGCCUCAACUACAACAUCAAGUGCAGCUCGUGGCUGACAAACAACUACGCUCAAAAAGGUCUCGCCUGUGCCUCGCGAACCUGGGGAUUCAAUCAAGCUCAAAUAGACCGAAUGUUCUCCAUCUUUGGCGUUUACUUGACCAGCAGUCCUUGA